AUGUCUAUGUACAGAGGCGUCGCGACACCCUACGUACACGACGAAAUAUACAUGCCGCCGUUGGCUUGCGCAGCACACGCCAGUCACUCCCUCAGGUGUAUUACUGGCCUGCCUGACUCGUUGGUCGACGUAGAUGCCUCUCGCCUGGCACUAUCCUUCUACUGCAUAGGUUCUUUGGAUAUAUUAGAUGUCCUGAACGAGAAAGUCAACAUGAUCACCCGAAACGAAUGGAGAAAGUGGUUCUGGGAGCAGCAAACCAGCGGGCCUCACGGUAGUGGUUUCAAACCCAGUUCCUUCAUGACAGGUCAAGGCCCUGCGUCUGAGUUUGUGCAAUCGCCUGAAUAUAGUUGCCCUCACGUCAUUAUGACAUAUACCGCUUUGUUAUCACUCGCAAUCCUACGGGACAACUUCGCGGGGCUGGACCGACGAGGAAUUGUAGCGUUUCUUCGUGGUUGCCAGCGGGAAGAUGGAAGCUUUCGGACGACACCACAAGGCACGGAAUCCGACCUUCGCACCGUGUAUUGUGCUUUUGCCAUCAGCAGCAUGCUGAACGACUGGUCUGGUGUCGACGUUGACCGUGCAAAGGCUUUCAUUGCCUCAUGUAGGACCUACGAGGGGGGAUAUGGCCAAGAGCCAUCGUGUGAGGCUCAGGGAGGUACAACGUACACAGCGAUUGCUUCUUUGUAUCUGGCGCCACGAUCCGAAGGGGAAGAACCGCUAACUGCAGCCGAACGCGAGCAGACUAUCCGUUGGCUCUCCAGCAAUCAAGAUGAAUCAGGAGGAUUCCGAGGGCGCACGGGCAAGGCAGCAGAUGCCUGCUAUUGCUUUUGGUGUGGGGCUGCCUUGAGGAUACUUGGGCGAGAUGAUCUAGUCAACGGCUUAGCCUUGGUCAAGUUCCUGGACAGGUGUCAGUUCAAGUUUGGUGGGAUUUCGAAGGCACCAGACGAGCAUCCGGAUCCCUACCACACUUACCUGUCAUUGGCGGCCAUAGCCAUGUAUCCCCCUCCAUUAGGGGAAUCAGGAAGUAACACCUCGUGGCACUUAGCUCCCAUCGACCCGCUGUUAAAUGCGACCCAGGCCACAGCUCGUUGGAUUCGAGACCACGUUCCCUAG